CAGAGGCCAUUGAGGGGUGCUGCUUACUGGCUUGCUCAGCCUGCUUUCUUAAAGAAUCCAGGACCACCAGCCCAAGGAUGGCACCACCUACAAUGAGCUGGUCCUCCCCACAUCAAUCGCUAAGUAAAAAAAUGCUUUCCAGCCAGAUUAUAUGAAGGCAUUUUCUCAAUUGAGGCUCCUUCCUUUCAGAUAACCCUAACUUGUGUCAAAUUGACAUAAAACUAGGCAGAACAAGGGAAGUGUCUAAGAAGGAACCACUGACUGCAUACAGACACACCCACACCUGGCCCUAGCAGCUGCAGGAACCUAUUUGUUUAUGGCCUUUUCUCAUUUUCAUGGGCCAGCUGUGAGCACUCUGCUGCAGGAGGUACCUACAUGUCUGCCAAAGCAGGAGUGCUUACUUCAAGGAUCAGCAGAAAGAGCAAGGGUCUCUACAGCUCUCAGAACAACAGCAGGAAAACUGGGACCCUCAAUGAGUCUGCCCCAGGACCGAGGCAGGUUAGGACACCCAGGAAACUCAGCUCCAGCUCUCCCCACCCCACCUUAACCAGCUGUCUACUGUCAUUGUUGAGCGACUACCUCUGCAGUCCCUGCCUAUUGACAGUACUGCCUCAAAUCAGAAGCCAGAAGAUAAAAGGUGUCUCUGUGCCUACAAGUAUAACCCUAGUGCCACCCUUAUUCCAGUCAAGGGAAGCCCUGGGACCCUGAGUGCUUGCUUCUCCAUCUUCCCCUUUACCAUCUGCCAGGCUGCUCUAGGCAUGAAGGGUGCCAAGGGGCUUGGGCAUAGUCAAGUGACAAGACCACAGUCGGUGGUCACAGUUGGCAUGCUGGGUCUCUCUUGGACAGACAGCAUAUUAACACUAUGAAGAGGAGUACAGUAUAUACAAACUAUCAGGUCUGAGCUAUUGAGCAUAUCACCGGAGCCCCUUGGGGGUUUGGCAGCCAAGCAUGGCAGAAGUUUUGCUAAACAAAUUCUCUGCUCUCUCCCCCUGGACUCAGUAUAUCUGGGGCUCCAGCACAUCCUACUGUCUCUACUGGAAGUCUCUACCUACCAUGCCACACCCGGUUGUUCUAUGCCUCAGCCUGGCUGCUCUCCCAGGCCUUGGGAUGGGGGCCUCCUUGUGCCUAUCACAGCAAUUCAAGGCAAAAGGGGACUACAUACUGGGUGGGUUAUUUCCCCUGGGCUUAACUGAGGAGGACACCCUCAACCAGAGAACACAACCCAAUAGCAUCUUGUGUACCAGGUUCUCAUCCCUUGGUCUGUUUUUGGUCAUGGCUAUGAAGAUGGCUGUGGAGGAGAUCAACAAUGGAUCUGCCUUGCUCCCUGGGUUGCACCUAGGUUAUGACCUAUUUGACACAUGCUCAGAGCCGGUAGUCACCAUGAAGCCCAGUCUCAUGUUCAUGGCAAAGGUGGGCAGUCAAAGCAUUGCUGCUUACUGCAACUACACACAGUAUCAGCCGCGUGUGCUGGCUGUCAUUGGGCCCCACUCAUCAGAGCUUGCCCUGAUCACAGGCAAGUUCUUCAGCUUCUUCCUCAUGCCACAGGUCAGCUAUAGCGCCAGCAUGGAUCGGCUCAGUGACCGGGAAACAUUUCCAUCCUUCUUCCGCACAGUGCCCAGUGACCGGUUGCAGCUGCAGGCUGUUGUGGCUCUGCUGCUCAAUUUCAGCUGGAACUGGGUGGCUGCCUUAGCUAGUGAUGAUGAUUAUGGUCGGGAAGGUCUGAGCAUCUUUUCUAGCCUGGCCAAUCCACGAGGUAUCUGCAUCGCACAUGAGGGCCUGGUGCCGCUGCAUGCCACCAGUGUUCAACAGCUUAACAAGGUGUUUGAUGUACUACAACAAGUGAACCAAAGCAACGUGCAAGUGGUGGUGCUGUUUGCCUCCCCCCGUGCUGUCUACUCCCUUUUUAGCUACGGCAUCCAACAGGGCCUCGCACCCAAGGUAUGGGUGGCUAGUGAGUCCUGGCUGACCUCUGACAUGGUCACGACACUACCCAAUGUUGCCCGUGUGGGCACUGUGCUUGGGUUUCUGCAGCGAGGUGCCGAGCUGCCCGAAUUCCCCCAUUAUGUGGAGACCCACCUGGCCCUAGCUGCUGACCCAACAUUCUGUGCCUCACUGAAUGCUGAACUGGACCUGGAGGAGCAAGUGAUGGGGCAACGCUGUCCACAGUGUGACCACGUCAUGCUGCAGAACCUGACAUCUGCACUGCUGCAGAACCUAUCAGCUGGGCAGUUGCACCACCAGAUUUUUGCAACCUAUGCAGCUGUGUACAGUGUGGCCCAGGCCCUUCACAACACCCUACAGUGCAAUGCCUCAAGUUGCCCCGCAUCAGAGCCUGUUCAACCCUGGCAGCUCCUGGAGAACAUGUACAACAUGAGUUUCCGUGCUCGGAACCUGACACUGCAGUUUGACGAUAAAGGGAACGUAGACAUGGAGUAUGACCUGAAGAUGUGGGUGUGGCAGAGCCCUACACCUGUACUGCACACCGUGGGAACCUUCAACGGCACCCUGCAGCUGCAGCACUCUGAGAUGUACUGGCCAGGGAACCAGGUGCCAGUGUCCCAGUGCUCCCGGCAGUGCAAAGAAGGCCAGGUGCGCAGAGUAAAGGGUUUCCAUUCCUGCUGCUAUGACUGUGAGGACUGCAAGGCAGGCAGCUACCAGAAGCAUCCAGAUGACUUCGCCUGUACUCCAUGUAAACACGAUCAGUGGUCCCCAGAGAAAAGCACAGGCUGCUUACCUCGUAGGCCUAAAUUCCUGGCUUGGGGAGAACCAACUGUGUUGUUACUGCUCCUGCUGCUUUGCCUGGUGCUAGGCCUAGCACUUGCCUCCCUGGGGCUCUUCAUCCACCACUGGGACAGCCCUCUUGUUCAGGCCUCAGGUGGGUCACGGUUCUGCUUUGGCCUGGUCUGCCUAGGCCUCUUCUGCCUCAGUGUCCUUCUAUUCCCAGGACGGCCAAGCCCUGCCAGCUGCCUUGCUCAACAGCCAUUGGCUCACCUUCCUCUCACAGGCUGCCUAAGCACACUCUUCCUGCAAGCAGCUGAGAUCUUUGUGGAAUCUGAGCUGCCACUGAGCUGGGCAAACUGGCUGUGCAGCUGCCUUCGGGGACCCUGGGCUUGGCUGGUGGUACUGCUGGCCAUUCUUGUGGAGGCGGCACUAUGUGCCUGGUACCUGACAUCCUUCCCACCAGAGAUGGUGACAGACUGGUUGGUGCUGCCCACAGAGGUUCUGGAGCAUUGCCGCAUGCGUUCCUGGGUCAGCCUAGGCUUGGUACACAUCACCCAUGCAAUGCUGGCCUUCCUCUGCUUCCUGGGCACUUUCUUAGUACAGAGCCAGCCUGGUCGCUACAACCGUGCCCGUGGUCUCACCUUCGCCAUGCUAGCUUAUUUCAUCAUCUGGGUCUCUUUUGUGCCCCUCUUGGCCAAUGUGCAUGUGACUUAUCAGCCAGCUGUGCAGAUGGGUGCCAUUCUGUUCUGUGCCCUGGGCAUCCUGGCCACCUUCCACCUACCCAAAUGCUAUGUACUUCUGUGGCUGCCAAAGCUCAACACCCAGGAGUUCUUCCUGGGAGGAGGCCCCAAGGAGGCAGCAGAUGGGAGUAGCAGUGGGGGUGACAGUUCAGGGGCACAGUGACCUCACCUUUAGUGAACCCAGCCGACACCCACAGAUAGUACCUCAACCUGAGACUUGGGACACUUAUCUACAGACGGACUCCAGGUCAUCCACUGACCUUAGCCCCACAGUGACCCACCCCGAGGCCUGCAGUGUGCAAGAUGGAGCCUAUAAUCCCACCUAUCCCCCAAAGGCAAGAUCAUCCUUGAUCCUGUUACGCAUGCAUUACCUAAGGCCUGCCCACGUGACCGAGAUCCAUUAUCUUAGAAAGCGGCCCACAGAGUGUUCUUUCAGACUCCAUAGCCAUAUCUUGAAUUUAGGAAUAUUCUAAGCAGACCCUGAGAGGCAAGAACAUACUGCUUGCUUGAACAUGCCCAGCCUAGGGCCCUCAGCACCCUGAUCAGGCAUUCCAGAAACAGAAGGCUGGACAUAUGUAAUGUACUGGAACAAAACAAGAAAGCCAGCAGGAAGAGGGCACUCAAGAGGUAGACAGGCAACAUCCAGCCUCCUCCUCCCGACCUGACCCAGACCUGGCCGGUAGGAAAGAACCAAGUCACUACUAGCACCUUGGACAGAGCAUGAGCAAGGGUCAGGGUCAGCACCAUGGCCAGCACCAGCCACCAAGGACCCCUGGAGUCCUUCUAGUACCAAGGACAGAAAAGUUGCCUACAAGACCCUUGUUACUGGCCAGCACCAGGGACAGAGCCACACGACUAAGUGGGAAGAGACUCCAGGCAGGCUCAGACCUGGGUCAGUUCUGGACUGGCCCCUACACCUGAAUACGGAAGCAGCUUAGCUGGAGAAAAGAGAAGCAGGUCACACAUCAAUCCCAUAAAAUUAAACGCUUUUUAGUGUUUAAAAUAGCAUUUACACAGAAGCAGCAUUUACACAGAAGCAUCUCUAUGCGAACUACCCAGCUGCUCAGACUUUGACACAGUAUCUACAGUGCAGAUGUGUGGGGCUACCGUGCCAAGAUGGCAGUGGCACAUGCUGGUGGACAGCCACCAAGAUAGCAAUGAUAGGACAGGACCCCAUCUCUGUAGCUACUGUGUGUGCUAUCAUCCCUCCGCUGAGGCUGAGACAGUGUAAAGGGACCUGGCCUCUCUUGUCUCCUGUACUAGGCAUCCUCCACCUACUCCCAGUACAAACUGUUGUCAUGUGCUGAGUACCAAGGGGGGAAAGGGACAUGCACCUGCCCCCAUUGGGUAACCAGCUGCCACCCUCAGAGCAGGCAGGCUAGCAAUAAAUAAAUAAGUUAGACCCCACAUGGGCAGCCAGAGAGGUUUAAAGGCUCUGUCUAACCCCUCAAGAACCCUACCUUGGCCCGACAGGUGAGGCCCAUGAACUCAGUGAUAGUCAGUCUGGGCCACUGUGCACAGUUCUGGGAGAGUUUUCUUUUGGGGAGGGGGAAGGUGUGCACAGAACCCAAGAGAGUCUUCUUUUCCUAAAUGGAGGUCACUUCCAAAAAAGGAACCAGGAGGUGGUCCCUGAGACUUGUGCUGAGGACCUAAAGACAGAUGUCUCCUCACAAGACUGUACUUGAGCUGCACCACACAGCAGGCAGGAUGCCAAGCCCGUAUCCUAGUAUGGCUGCUGCUCUCAGCCCUUCCUCUGCAGCCUGAUCCCUCUGCUCUGGCCCAGACCCCACAGCUGAUCUAUCCUGGCUGGCCACCACUAAGGCAAGUCCAUAGAGAUCCUGGCACAGCAGGACCACAGACUCUUGCCACAGGCAGCACUGAAAACACUGGUUGAUGGUCACAUAAUGUCCACAAAGAACUCACAGGGGUUUCCCAUGGCCUUUUGGAAGGACUGGCGGCUACCUGUAAGUUCUGGAGGAACAGCAGCCAGCUCCCGGACAGGUGGCCCUCCAGGUGGUCCGCCCACUACUGCAUAGGCCUUUGUCAGGGGGUGAAGUGGGGGGAGCCCUGGGGCAACAGCUGAGGCCUGACUUUGAGGGCUACUGCCACGGCUAAGCUGGCUAACAGGACGCUCCCACCAGCCAGUGCUACCAGACCCACUUGGUGCCGUGUGAUCUGAUUCGCUGCCACUACCCCCAGCUCCGGCUGCCCGGCGCUCCUCUCGUCCUGGGGUCCGAUGGCUGCUCCUUGUGGACCCACUGCUCUUGCUUCCUGGGAGAAGGGAAGGGACCACAGAGUCAGCACCAGGCCUGGCCAUGUCCAGGACAACCAGCUGUUCCCAGACAGCCAGGGCAGAACCUGGUGAGCCUGGGGGUAGUAGGGGAAUGGCAGCCAUGCAGAUACCAGGAGCAGAUGAGAGGCAAGGAGCUAGGGGCAGUUGCAGACAGGAGGGAUAAUGAGGGCCAACUUGGCACCCCAAACCUAACCCCAAUGCUUGAACCAAGGUUGAUUUUGAUGUUAUAGCUGAGAAACUAAGAUACCAGUGAAGGCCCUGUGUGCCCAGCAUUCCCAUUAGCCAUCCUGGGUUCACCACCCAAAGACCCACUGACCACCCAACCCCAGGGCCCUGGUCAGCUAAUUUUCUUAGCUUCUGUCCUGAAAGUUGUGGGAACCUGAGAACACGUGCUGGCUGGGGACAUGCUGAGAGGGACACAGGGGGACCUGGCUUACCGGCCCGAGGGUCCACUCUGCUAGUCCUUCAGUCUAAGGCUUGCUCAGCACAAAGCAAGGAAUAGCACAAGUCACACACCAGUCCAGUGCUCACCAAUGGUCAGCUAGGAUUAUUGUGGGCCAAGCUGAGCUUGGUGCAUGCAAAGGCCUAUCCAGGGUCAGUAGUCACUCAACAGCUUCCCUUUGGGCAUUGCCACCCUCCAGCCCAAUCUCUCCUUUCUCCCAUCCUAUGUUCUCAAAGCUGACUGUCUUGAGUUUUUUUUCCAGACCCUGUAGAAUGGCUGCUGUGCCCCACUCAGUCCACCUCCUCCUCAGGGACACCCACCCUCCCUAAGAUGAUACACUCUCAUGGCACUCUGCUGGGCUACAGGUACCACAAGUAAUAAAGCCCAUGCCUUCCUUAGCUUGGGGCCUAGAGUGUAAGAGGAACCCUACUAGAUGCCCUUGGCUACUCUCGCCCUCAUUCUUGCCACAUCAUCUCCUGGCCUCUUGCCUCUGCCACCUGGAAUACCAGGCCUGUUCCCACCAGGCAGUCUUCCUAUUCCCAAAGGCCUCUACCCACAGAACCAAAGUGAGUCCCCACAUCAGCCCCCUCCCUGCCCCACCAGGACCCAAACACACAGCAGGAGCACAGAGGACAGCAGCAAGGCCAGGCAGAGCCAGGGGGUGGUAGUGGAGGAGGGGCUGGCAUGACUCUCACCUUCACUCUGCUGACUCCCGGCACUGCCACUGCCGUAGCUGAAGCCAGGGUCCUGGUAAGCAGGUGGGAAGCAGGGCGGGGGCCCUGGGUACUGGUAGGGGUAGCCUUGACCCAAGGGCCAGGGCACGGAUGGGUGGGGUAGUGGGGCCAGUGUGUCCUGAUCUGAGGCUCCACUGGAGCCACUGUUGAGGUUCAGGGACGCAAGGUCUGGCAGGAAGGGAGGGGACGGGUAAGCGAGGGCAAAUGGA